UCAAGCACGCGAUCAUGUUGUUUCACAUGAUCUGUCUAAUGUUCGCUUAUGAUUGAUAUGCUUUACAUGUUCCUUUAAAACCAGAGAAAACAACACGUACCGACAUUUCAAAGGAAAUCUGUCUUAUUUCCUGAAGGGACUUUUGAUUGUGCGCGCUCCCAAGCUCAUGGGACGGUGCAUGGGUGGAUUUAACUACAUCGAGCUUUGCUUUUGACCUCUUUCUUUGCAUGUAAUACAUGGUCACUGACGACUUGCAGAAGUCUUGGUUUCUGUCUGUCUGUUUAAAGACUCGUGACCCACAUGGCGCAGCCCGGUGAGCCGUACACGUCUCUAAACCGUCCUGAGGAGAACGACGAGACGAGAAGUCAAGAGUUUGAGUCAGAACAUCUUCACAACACCAACAACCAUUUCAUGAAUAGACAGAGAACCACAGAAGAACAGAAGAUUAUCCCCCAACAUGACACAUUCAGCCACGAUCAUCUGUCUGCAGCAUACACCCAUCCAACGUCCUACACCGGGUGGCAUGAACCCCAUCGCAAUGAUUGGCAGUACUCUAGUAUGGGACAGAGGGACGGUUCUCCUCAUAGUUUACCCUCCUGCCUUCCAUCAGCCGUGUAUCAGACUAUCUCAGAAGGUAGUUUGUUUUAUCCCAGCAGGCCUCACUCACUUCCAGGCAGUUGUAGCCCCAGUCUCAUUAGUCUUGAACAUCCUCAGUCUCUGCAUUCAUUCGUGCCAUCUGCGCAUUUUUAUCCGCACGGCUCGUCCUCGUACACCGGCCCAUACCAACAUCCACAGUGCUGUCAUCAGUUUGGUCAACCUCAUCAUCACUGUAACUCCAGACCUGGACAUCAGCAGGCCUACAGACCUUCAGGCCCAGGACACUACAGACAAAUGGAUUUACACACUCCUGAACGCAGUAAUGUGUCUCCAAAUCCCAAACGUGACUUGCUCAACACCACUCACCUGUCUCAAGAACAGAGGAAAGUGUUUGUCACAUAUGAGGCCGACAGUGAAGAGCACUUAAAAGAGAUCAUUAAGUUUGUGGCUUUGCUGAGGAACAACGGCUUUGACACGCACAUCGACGUUUUUGAGGAACAGCUGAGCAGCAUCAGUAAGAUUGACUGUAUGGAGAGAUAUCUCAAUCAGAAAGAUUAUCUUAUCAUCAUCAUCAUCAGCCUGAAGUAUUACAAGACCGUAACACACAUUAACAUCAGUGGAGACGACGAUGAGAAGACAUCCAACACAGUUUAUAUUCACAGACAGUUGCAGAGUGAAUUUAUUCAGAACGGCUGCAGAAACUACAGGGUUAUACCGGUCCUCUUCCCCGGAGCCAACAAGAGUUACGUUCCCACCUGGUUGAGAAACACACACAUCUACAGCUGGCCCAAAGAUCGUGAUGAUAUCCUGCGCAGGUUAAUGCGUCUGGAGAAAUACAGCCCUCCUCCUAUCGGUCCUCUGCCCACUAUCGUUUCGAUUCCUCUAUAGAUCUGCACCCCACAUGUUUAACUGUGCGUUCACAUUAGACGCGAAUGAAGCGAAUAUAUUGCGCUAUUCGGGUGUAGUUGGAAAUUUUUAGUCAUUCGCGUGUAAAAUGCAGAUGUAAAUACUGGUACACUCAAUUUCCCGGCUUUAGCUAGCUUGUAGUCUCAAUAUGUAUAUAUAAAUCUCAAAUUGAGUAAAUAGCAUUUUUUUUUACAACUUACCAGAUUGUCCGACCUCCUCACUCACUUUCAAUAUCUUUUUCUAUAAAAGUGCAAAAAUGUGUCGUAAAGCUCCGGGUGUCCACAUACAGUACAGCAACAUCCUCCAUUGUUGUUUGGCAUUUCGUAUUUAUUUAUUUUUAUAUUGCUACGUCAUAAUCAUGUCACUGCUAGAGCAGGCUCCUGAUUGGUUAACGCGUGUGAAUAUCCGCCAAAGUAAAAAUUUUCCAAACCCCCAAAAUGCUCAAAUCGUGCUGCGUUAUUUGUGCGAAUUGUGUCACCUCAUUCGCGCAAAACGUGUCUUUGAAUUGACUUAACAUGUAAAUCUUUCACGUUUAGCGCUUCAUUUGUAUCUGGUGUGAAUGCACCAUUAUGCUGCGUACACACCAAACCCUAAGCAUCAGGUUCCUAGGUCUAGAUUAAUUGCAGGAUUUAACUUAUCUUUUCACAUUUUGCACUUUUUUGUUGAAUAUUUUUAACUUGAGUGACUAUGCGUUUUGAGGUGAAUAGUGCAUUUUUGUGGCAAUCGCACAGC